GGAAACAGCAGAAGUUCUCGAAUGAGGGGUGGGUUUGGAUGUUUGACAGUUGUGUGUGGUGCAUCGUGAUACUGUGAAGCGUUGCGAGUAAUGUGAUGAUUGUGUGUUUUGUGUCGUAAAAUUAACAUUUUGUUUGCUUUUUGUAUAUAACGUGAAGAUGUUGUCACCGGAAGAGGGAACAAUAAAUCCAGGUCCUUUUUCUUCGGCCUCAGACACAAGUGUGCCAGUUAUAGUGCAAAGAGAGGACGCCCCGUUGAUAAGCAGGAGGAAAUUUUUCUGGAAAUGGCCAAGCGCAGCAAAUCCGUUCUCCAAGAACAGCAAUAACAAUAAUAAUAACAACAACAAUGGCAGAACUUUAGGAACCUUUGCAGGAGUCUUCAGUCCUGUGGCUUUGUCUAUGUUCAGUGCACUGCUCUUUCUUCGAGUGGGUUUCAUUGUUGGAAAUGCUGGCUUGAUAGAGACAAUAUUACAGUUUGUCAUAGCGUAUGGAAUACUGCUAUUUACAGUUGCAUCAGUGUGUGCUGUGUCAACAAAUGGGGCUGUUGAAGGAGGUGGAGCGUAUUUUAUGAUCAGCAGGACGCUGGGACCAGAAUUUGGAGGUGCUAUUGGCACUCUAAUGUUCUUUGCAAACAUUGUUAGCAGUGCCCUUUACAUUACUGGUUGUGCGGAGGGAUUGGUUGAAAUAUUCGGUCCUUCAGGAUAUCUGGUGCAUGAUGUGCUUCCAGAUGGUCGCUGGUGGAGGUUUUUGUACUGCUCUGGUCUUAAUGUCCUCAACUUGCUGGUGUGCUUGGUUGGAGCAAGCAUGUUUGCAAAGACAAGUGUCCUAGUGUUUGGCAUUGUUUGCAUUUGCCUGAUUUCAGUGAUUGUCAGCUUCCUGUCUGUUGGACCUAUGCAGAUUCCAUUUCCUGAGGCCAAUCAUCUUUUCAAGAAUGCAUCAGAACGAAUUGGAAUGUACACAGGCUUGUCAGCAAGUGUCCUCCAUGAAAACGUGUUUGAAAAUUAUGGUAAAGAUUAUACAAGAGAAGGGGAAAUAGUGACCUUUGCAUCAUUGUUUGGUGUGCUUUUCAGUGGUGUAACUGGAAUAAUGGCAGGAGCAAAUAUGUCAGGGGAGUUGAAAAACCCAGCUCGUAACAUUCCUCAAGGAACCUUGUCUGCUGUUGGUUUUACUUUUAUAUGCUAUAUUGUGGUUUCAUUACUCACAGCUGCUACCUGCAGUGGAAAAUUAUUGCAAAAUAAUUAUUUAUUCAUGAUGCCAAUAAAUUGGUGGCCACCAUUUGUUGCCAUUGGUAUCAUAACAGCUACAUUUUCUGCAAGCUUAAGCAACCUUAUUGGAACAAGUAGAGUGUUGGAGGCAUUGGCAAAGGACAAUGUCUUUGGUCGUCUGCUCUAUUUCAUAGUUCGAGGUUCUUGGAAUGGAAAUCCUGUUGUUGCUGUGCUGAUGUCAUGGUUCUUAGUUCAAUUAGUGUUGUUAAUUGGCUCACUCAACACAAUUGCACAGAUUAAUUCCGUCCUGUUUCUUCUUUCAUACUGUGCAACAAAUCUGGCUUGUCUUGGUUUAGAACUUGCUGCAGCACCAAACUUCAGACCUUCCUUCAAGUACUUCACAUGGCAUACUGCUAUGUUUGGUCUAAUUGGAACUAUGGUUAUGAUGUUCGUGAUAGAUACUAUUUAUGCAUCAUGCAGCAUUAUCUUGUGUUUGCUGCUAGUUACAGCACUACAUUUGUUUUCCCCAUCUCGUGGUUCUAGAUGGGGAUCUAUAACACAAGCUCUUAUAUUCCAUCAGGUGCGCAAAUAUUUGUUGUUGCUGGAUUCGAGAAAGGACCAUGUAAAAUUCUGGCGACCACAGAUGUUACUUUUAGUAAGUAAUCCAAGAACAUCUUGUCCAUUGAUUCACUUUGUGAAUGAUUUGAAGAAAAGUGGCCUGUAUGUUUUGGGCCAUGUUAAAAUUGGAGAUUUCCGUGACCAUGAUCGUGAUGUCACUGCUUAUGAAUACACACAUUGGCUGGAAUUAGUUGACCAUUUGAAGGUGAAAGCAUUUGUUGAGCUUACAGUUGCUAAGACUGUCAGAGAAGGCAUGCAUCAUAUGAUCCGAAUGUCGGGAUUGGGAGCAAUGAAGCCCAAUACAAUUGUCUUGGGGUUUUAUGAUGACUCAACACCCAAGGACUUCUUAGAGAGUUCUGAUUCAGGCUACCAUACUACCACAUUCAGUGGUAUAUUGGCGUGUGAUGGAAUUCCUCUUUUUAAACUACGCAGAGAUUCUGAAGAGAAGCAUAUAAAUAAAACUGAGUUUGUGGGAAUGAUGGUAGAUGUUUUGAAGAUGAAAAAAAACCUUUGUGUAUGUCGCCAUUUCCAAACACUUGAUAAAGUUCGUGUUGCCAAGUCAUCUGCAAUAAAAUAUAUAGAUGUUUGGCCAAUCAAUUUCUUUAACCCAAAUGAUUUGGAUCACUUUGAUACUACGAGCUUAUUCAUGAUGCAGUUAGCCUGCAUAAUAAAUAUGGUUCCUGGCUGGAAAAAACUUCACCUCAGAGUUUUUCUUUGUGAAACUGGCGAUCAGCAACUAGCAAAUUUAUCUUCAUCUCUUGACUCUGCAGAUACAUCGGCAACUCCACUUAAGGGUGAACAGCGUUUGCGUGAAUUGUUGCAGAUGCUCCGUAUUGCUGCCACAAUACAUUUGAUACCAUCUUACUCAGAAUUGUAUGUUACGUGGAGAAGCACAUCUGGCAGUGGAUAUCAAUCAGCAUCAGAAAGCAGUGCCACUGAGUAUAAUUCUCAUAGAGCAAAUCUGCUAUAUUUGCAAAGUGUUAAUCAGAUCAUAAACCAGAAUUCAUCAGAGACAGCAGCAACAUUUAUCUACCUUCCACCUCCUCCAUCUUCAGUAACAGUUGAAGAAAGUGAAGUAUAUCCAAAAUAUUUAGAACUGUUGACAACAUUGACUGAAAACCUUCCACCAACAGUAUUGGUGCAUGGGGUGCAUGCUGUCACAUCAACUGCCUUCUGAAAACUUUCUAUAAGAAGAAAAAAAUGUGAUAUCAUGUGUAUUUGUUUUAAUUUAUGAUCAUUAUAUUUAAUCAGAACCAGCUAAUAUAUUUUGGAUAAUGCAAUGUACAGAAAACACAUAUUUAUACCUGUGUGGAUAACCACAAAAACGAUUUUAUCUAGAUUAUACAAACACAAUUGUUUUGGUUGAAUUUUAUAAGAUAUUAGCUACUGCAAAAUACUGACACCUACUCAUAUGCAAUGAUCAACACUGGAAAAAAAAAUUUGCAUGAACCAUGUGAAAAAUAUGCUAAUGUGGGUGAAAGAGCAGAGACUCAAAAACAAGGUAGAAAUCUAAGUAAUUUUAUCCUGUUAAAGAAAGCACACAAAGAUGUAUAUGGUAGUCAAUUGUUGUUAAAUAAAUGGUAGUAAUGUGGUCAUGCUUCAUACCACUGUAGAAUGUGAAAGGCUAAUUAUUUGAAGAUGGAUGUAUGGCUGAAAAGUGGUUUACACUUAAUUAUUUUGUUUUCCCAUAAAAUCUCCUCUUCAGCUGCUCUGUGGCAACUUUUUUGACCCUCAGUGUCAGAACACUCUGCUAUAUUAACAGUUUACUUUAUUAUCAAUUUUGAGAAAUUUAUAAGUAAUAUUUUUCUGUGGCUUGUGCUUGAGUGUCUGUGGAAUGUGCUGUUUGUUGUAGUUUCCUCCAGUUAUAAAGUAAUUCCAAAUUUCUAAACACUGAGCAUUGAGCAUAUUAAAAUAUUUGUGUGUGCUGCUUAUCAUUAGUCAACUUAGAGACAGUUAUGCUGAAUGAGGGAACAUAAAUAUUGUAAGAAGCAUUUUGUGAAUCGAGAGAAGCUGAAAAUGGUGCUAAAACUUAAGCUUACAGUGGAUUUCCAGUGAUGUUUUAGCAGAACUCAAGCUCUACUGUCAGUUGGUUCCUUUGAUCAGAAGGCUAGUUGAGUAAAGUAAUAUUCUUUGGAAGAAAAAUGCUAAAGGUGUUGUUUUAUAUUGCAGGUCUUUAGGGAUGUAGGCCUAUAGUUGUAUCAGUUCUGUUGACUGGGAUAGUAACAACAAUAUUUAUCAUGUGGAAUACCCAGAAGAGAAUAUAAAUUUGAAAUAUGAUCUGUAUAAGGCCAGCUUAAUGGCUAAGUGUACUGGAGAUCCAUUGGUAUAGAAGAGAAUUCAUGGUUAUAUAAAAAAAAAAGCAAUUUUCGUACUUGACGUGCCCUGUGCUUGUGCCAAGAUGCUUGAUGAAGUUUUGUAAUCAGUAUUAUCUGGCUUACUUCAGUCAUAUAGGCGAUGCAUUAUAAUCAUCGUUGUUGAGGCAGUUUUUGUAAUUGUAGCAGCUUAUAAAUUUAGAAGCAUUGUAGCUCUACCAAUACUCCUUUGCUAACAUGCAGAAUUCUGCAUCCUUGUAAUUAGCUGGAACCUGUGUUGGGAACUUCAGCAAUGUCGUGCAGCAAUGCCUAUCAUUACAGUUGUGACUUUUUCCACCAUAAUAUUUUAUAUGCAGUCAAAAUACUAUUAAUUUUUUUAUCUAGUCUCAGUGGUGGUAAUUUUUAAAAUUCCAUGACAAGACACAACUCACAUAUACUUAAUGACCAGAUUUAAUGAUACUUGAAUGUUGGUGUUCACAGAAUAUUUUAAUGCUUUCUUUCCAAACUUAAAAGAAAAACUCUUCUUAGGCAUUAAGUCUGUUUUUAUGCUGGCUGUCCACAUUGAUUAAAAGUAAUAUUUGUUUAUUCCAGUUCAAAUGACUAUAGUGUUACUGCCACAUAAAAACAAUAAGAAAAGUUUUUGGCUUGUACAUGUGACUUCUAUAUCAGUUGAUCAAGUCAUUAGCAUUGUUCUAAAUUCAGUCUUAACUGUUAACUUUUGGUUGAUAGUGGAAACCAUAAUAUUCGUUGCCUUCCAUUCAUUUUCUGGCUCUUCUUAUUGACUGUUUUGUAAAUUAAGAAAAUACUUUCUUUCUCAAUUUGUACUUUUGUGUAUGUAUCAGAUCCAGGCCCAUCCAGGAUCACAGUGCCUUUCCUUGUAGGUUUAAUGUGAGAAAAAGGUCCAGUGCACACUGAAUGUUGGAAUAUUGCUAAUAAAGCCUUGAGAGGUCAUGUUUUCAGUGUUGCCAUUUGUAGAAUAAACAUGACAUCAUUAAUCAUCUAUAUCAUUGCUGAUUAUUGCUAAUAUGACGUGGGUGUCCCAAAAGUAAGUGUAAAUAAACUUUUGAGAGGCUUAUGAUUAAAAAAAAAAAAAAAAAAAAAAGAGAAUGUGUC